AUGAUAAUUUCUAUGCUAGUGUCUGAUGCAUCGAUACCAACCUCAACACUUUCAUUAGUCUUUGGAUUGCUUUUCCUCAUCACAACUCUUCUUCACCUUUACCGAUUGAUAAAACUUCGACGAAGGAUAUAUUUAUAUUUGUUCACAUUCAGCGGUCUGCGCACAAUAGCAUUCGGUCUUCGAAUCGCAUGGUCGCAAAAACCUGGUUCCGAAGGUUUAGCUAUAAUGUCCUGGAUCGUCUUAUCUGGAUUCACCUUUUUAAUAAUCUUUGGAAUAUAUGACCUUCUAAUAAGCUGGAUUAUAUCUACCACAAAUUCACCCACUUCAGUAAAGAUCAUAAGUCAACCACAAAGUGAGAAGGGAGUUUUAUUGGAAGUUCGGAUGGUCGAAAUAAUAAAAUACACAUUGCCUGCGUUUUCAAUAUUCGGUGUAGUUGGCGCCAUUCAAAAAUAUAGUUCGGAAACGAAUAACAUAUAUAGCGGAAAACUCAUGAGAAUGGUUUCAACUCUCGGAUUUCUAUCUUCAUUAAUUUUAUACAUGAUUUUCGUAACAUACUUCGCGCUGGCGUACGGUAGCACACCCAUAAGUCGACAACUAAAAGCCUUAUUCUUAUAUAUGUGUGGAAUUCUAUUAUUAAUCGAAUUUAUAUAUAGAACGUUAAUGAUUUUUGCAGACGCAACGGAUAUGAUAAGUCGAUAUGCAUGGAUACCACAUGUAUUCGAGAUGAUGCCCGAGGUGUUGUUGCUGGUGAUCUUGGGUGGUAUAAUAUUAGGAGAAUGGUUUUUCAAUGAUGAGAGUCCGGAAGAGGUGAAGGGAUCAAGGACGAAAUCAUCGGUUUUUCCGAAAGUUUGA